UUGGGCUUAAACAGAGGCCAAGUCUGUCCCAGCUGCCCUGAAGAUCUGAAGCCCGGGGCUGUCUCUGACACUCCCAGGUUCCUGCUACAUUAUAAGUUGCCGUCUGGUGAUGGCAGUUGAUAAUUGGUAGCCACAGUCUGCGGUCUGAGCCGCAGGAUUUUGUCUAGCACUUGGGCUGGGCCCGGCUGAUAUGUGUGAGAGAGAGAGAAAGAGAGAGACAGAAAACAAGCUGGCGGUAACUGUGAAACUCUGAGAAUGCUGCCUGGCUACCAGGAACCUGAGGCUGGCUGGUGAUGCGGUGGGUGCCUGGGGGGGGUUCGCAGAGAGGCUUGAAUCCAGAGGACACGAUUAUGUCCAGUGAACAGCUUAACAGUACAUCGGUGAAGGAUGCUCAGUUAAAAGACCUGUUGUUGGAAAGAGCUGAACUGGAGUUCGUUCAGAUAAUCAUUAUAAUUGUGGUGAUAACUGUUAUGGUAGUAGUGAUCAUCUGCUUGUUGAACCAUUACAAACUCUCGACACGCUCCUUCAUCAAUCGACAGAGCCAAAGCAGGAGGCAGGAAGAAACUUUGCAGCCGUUAAUGCAUCCGCUGGAAGGCGGGCAUGUGCGCUCAAAAUGCAGACACCAGCAUGGAUUGGAGGAAGGGUGCUUGUGGCCUUCAGAAAACUCAGUGUCACGACAGGGUGCUUCAGAGAUCAUGUAUGCUCCAAGAUCCAGGGACAGGUUUCCCGCCCCGUCGUUUAUGCAGCGGGACCGAUUCAGUCGCUUCCAGCCAACCUACCCUUACAUGCAGCAUGAGAUUGACCUUCCUCCGACCAUCUCCCUCUCUGAUGGGGAAGAACCACCACCAUACCAAGGGCCAUGCAUGCUGCAGCUCCGGGACCCAGAACAGCAGAUGGAACUCAACCGAGAGUCUGUCAGGGCACCACCCAACCGAACCAUUUUUGACAGUGACCUGAUAGACAUUUCAAUGUACAACGGGGGCCCAUGCCCACCAAGCAGCAAUUCGGGCAUAAGUGCAACCAAUUACAGCAGUAAUGGAAGGAUGGAAGAACCGCCCCCAACCUACAGUGAGGUCAUGGGUCAUUACCCAGGCUCCUCUUUUUUCCAUCACCAGCACAGCAAUGCACCUCCUUCAUUGCAGAGGGGGAGCAGACUUCAGUUUCAGCAGAACAAUUCAGAGAGCACAAUAGUCCCUAUUAAAGGCAAAGACAGGAAACCAGGAAACCUUGUCUAAGUCCCUUUCCCAGGUGCAUUUGAACUGAAGACAAACGAAUCAAACAGGGCCGUGGUGGAAAGUCCCCAGGCUCCUGUGCACAAUGUUGUUAGUUUCAUGUGGUACAACUUAGUAAAACCAAACGUGCAAACCAGUUCUUUGUUUCUGAUUCCUUUCAAGGGAACUGCAUGCAAAGUGGAUCGAGAUAACACAAACUUCCAUUCAGUUUGGCCGCGAGCAGUGUUUCGGGGGAAAAAUAUAUUAUUAUUUUUUUUAAAUAAACUAUUUGAAUUAUUUAAUUCUAAAAGGAAACUUAGCACAGAUAUGAGGCUUGUACAGCCUGUUUUAUAUUAACUGAAUGGCAGAAAGAUGAUGACAAAAAGAAAGUUUUACUAGUAAAUGGGGGAAGAAUCAGCCAGUUUGCAUUUUUCUCCCAGGGUGUGGAAUUUUUUUUUUUUUUAUAUGAAUCAAAAUUCCUGUUUUGUGUGCCAAGGUAUACAGUUGAGAAAUUAGAUGAAUGCAAGGAGUUAAUUUGUGUUGUGAUAAAUGUGUUUUUAAAAAGUUGCACUAUCUUAAUGUUAAAAAAAUAUAUAUAUAUGAGGGAACUGUUUUACGUGAAGUUCUUCUAUAUGUUGUCUUUUCACCUGUGGAAUAAUGAUUAGGCCCCGGGAGUGAUCUGGAGGAGCUUGCCCUGGUAUUUGUCACAGAAAGGGGUUUGUUGGAUUUAGCCUAAUGUCUGUUGCGAAAUACAGUGACACUUUACAUGGUGUUAUCUUUGCAAUAAUUUGCAUUAAAAUAACAGUGCAUCAAUGAAGUGUCUUGGAGACUUUUGGAUGGAAGAAAGCAAAUAUGAAAUUCCAGCAUUUCACAUAAUUUAGAUUGUUUUAGCUAUUAUGCAGCUAGGCUAUUUGUUUCAUUUUCAAGACAAAAAUUCCCAGACACGCUAAUUUAUAUGAAUUAUAACAAAAUGCUGCCAUUUCUUCUCCUUUUCACAAUGCAGUAUCAGUGCUUAAGGUUUUAGAGAUGUCUUCACUGUAGCCCAAACUAUAUUUAGUCACCUAUCCUGACGUUAUGCAAUAAAUUGUUUAAAAAUGCAAGGUGUUUUUUCUUCUCCUGUAAGGCUGUUAACUUACAUGACUCUGUUGUGCUUUAGAUGGUCUGGUUGUCUUUUAGUGAUUUAAUUCUGUACUGGAGAUCCUAGUGGAGCUCAGUAACCACAUCCCCUCCUAUGCAGUUUCUGCAACACAUUUGAUACUUUUAACUAGGCUAGGGAUGUUGACUAUGGUUUCUGCAGCAUUAGAGUCGUUGGAAGUGACUUGGGAGCACCAGUUUAUCUCGCUGCAGGCGUGUAGCAUAUUGCUGUGGGCCCAAUCCUGCAAAUUCUCAGUCAUGCAUGUACUUUUACUGAAGCUUGGGGUAAAGAUUAUCCACAUAUGUAAGUGUAUGUGGGAUCAGGCCUGUUUUUUUUGUAAUGCUGGUUUUAAAGUUGUUGGAAGAUUGUCUGUUGAAUGUUGUUUUGGGGAUUACUUCCCUGGUCAGUUUCUGUGUUGAAGCUAAUGCAAGAAUUGGAAGGCAAUUGGUGAAUGGUGAUAGUGACUUCAAGAGCACACAAAAAAGCACAACAUGCACUUAAAAUGCAUUUCGGAAGUGGACUUCAAAAGAAAAUAAGAAUCUUUAGAGUCUUAGUUUUAAUAUUCCUAAUAUAUAUGUAUAAUAGAGUUUUCACUUUAAGAUCUCACUUUUUUCUAUAGUCUUAAGCCUAGUGCUUUGUUAACAGCAGCAGCCAACGAGUGCAUCAAAUGCACUGUGGAAAAGUACUGUACUGUAGCACCUGUUCCAGUUGUUGGAAGUUGGAUUUCUGCAUGACUUCUGCACAUUAGAGGGUUAGAUUUGAAACUGAUUGCUGAAGUGAAUCUUUGAUCUAUGCAGAGUUUUAAUGCCAAAACAGUGUGUGUGUUUGCGUGUAUGUGUUUGUUUUAUGGAUCUCUGUAUAGGUCUUAUUCUAGCUUAAAAAACAUUAGAGUAUAAUGAAUAGAUGGACCCAUUUAUAACUGAUCAGAACCUUCUUGUUUCUUGAUCCGAAUUGCCCCUGGUAAUGCAAAGUGAAUGCUCAUUUCAUUUCUGUAGAUGUAUGUGAAACGAGAGGCUGGAGACUCAUGACUAGAUUCAGCAGUUUCCUUUACUAAUACCCAUAGAACAGAUGUAAAAGGGAAGACUGGGCAGCUGUCUGCCAGCUAUAUCUCUUGCCUCAUACAAUUUCUGGGAGUAAAAGUGUUUGAAAUGAGAAUUUUACAGACAGCCUGCAGGUUUUGGCUGGUGGCAUUAAUUCACAGCUUAAAAAUAGAAAGUUUCUUGUUGAAUUCCAGGGGAACAUAAAACCAAGCCACUAGUCAGAUCUGCCCAUAGAGAUACUUUGUUCUUGCCUGAAUAAAGAUUGUUGAGGCCCUUAGGGCAGAGAACAAAUGGACCUCACUUGUCAUUCUGUCCUGGCUCACCUGGGCCAAGAAGAGGGCAGGUCCCCAGGCCUUGGCAUUGGAGCAGUUUGAAUGCAAGCUUUCCUGUUGCUCUGCAGGUCCUUUGAAAGGCUGUGUCCGUUGAUUUCAAAGCCAUCGCUUGAAAUGCCAUGUAUGUAUAACUAUCAACAUUAAUGUUAAGCUUCCUGAGUUGUCUAUUCCGUUUCCUUGAACUAGGGCUACAAAUGUUUCAAAGGAAACAAGCAUUUCAUCAGCUCUGCAGCAAGGAUUUUUAGGCUUCAUUCUGAGUAUAUCUUCAUGGACACUAGUCAUCUAUGAAUCUCUUCUGUGAAUGACCUCAGUAGCACAGUGUUACCAAGGAGUCCUCUCUUGUUUUUGUGAUUUCUUUUCUUUCUGUUCUUAGAGAAGAGAGAGCACAACAGUAUGAGUGGAACUGAAAUCUGAAAUAGCAAACCAGAAAAAAUAUUAAUCAGUCACCGUCGAUCUGUUCAGCUUCAAAAAUGGAGGCAAAUUCUUAGCUGCACUUCUGGAGGAUUCCCCUUUAAAAAGACUUUGGGUUCUUGAGGUCGUUAGCCUUCCAAGCCACCUUUUUAACUAUUAGGUUUAUAUAUGCUCUGCAGCUUCUUAUAUUAAUUAAAUCUGCAAAUACAUGGUAUGUUUUAUAUGCAUAUGGUCACCUCUUGUGUAAACUGCAGAAUCAUUUGAAGAAUCAGUUCAGCAGGUCCCUGCCCUCUUUCCAAUAAUCUGUCUUUCCCGAGAUUUAUUCCAAAACUUCACAAUUUUGAGCAACUUUCAGUGACUAUCACCUUAUAAAAAUUAACCUGGCCAAAAAAUGAAGGGUUCCCUCUUCUCCCCACCACAGAUUUGGAAUUUCUGUUCUGCCCCAAAUUAGCUUUGUGAGAGGUCCAGGGUGGACAAGAUUCAGAUGUGGGUUAGCAUGGAUAUCUUAUUGCAGAAAGUAUUUUGCUGGUCUUUUAGGGCUAGGAAAGGGAAUUUUAUGUCAGAAGAAGAAAUUCCUAACUUCCCUGUGGGUUAUGUAGCAUUUACUCCUAGCCUUGGCAUUCUAGGGAAGUGCUUGUAGCCUAUUCUUAGCGGUUUGUUUGGGGUCUUCCUAACCUUGUACAGUUGGCUCUCAUCUCUGAGGCACCUGACUUAAGAUACGAGCGAGAGAGAUAGGAAGAGUUGUCCAAACAUAACCAUCAUUCUUAAGCCAGCCCUUCUGUAAUGUGUCUGGCUUAUACAGGUUGCGUUAUGCUGUGGUGUGGUACAAAGGUUUAUUAGCAGUUUGGGAUGAUUUCCAUAAACUCCGCUCAUUGUUGCUGGUGAGUAAAGCCAAACUCAUGCUGAUACCAUUUUACCACACCACUGUUGUUUGUUGUGCAUGUGAGAACAUGCAUAUCCAUCCCAUGUCUGUGGUCUUAAUAAAGAUUGAACUUUUCUUAUCUCUGUUUCUGCAGCCAUGGCAUUCAGGAACUGUGGAUUAAAUUAUUUUUAUGUUGUGUUGCCCUCCGCUCAAUUCUGCCCACCCAUCCAUCGUGGCCGGGGGGCGCUUCUGACAUUCCAGAUCUCUGAAUCUUAGUGUCAGAUGAGAAGGAGCCUGCUGCUAAGAUUUUUCCAAUGAAUGUGCAUCUAGUAAAAGUAGGAAUUGAAGUAGCCCAGUUCAAUAAGGCUAGGGAAAAAAGCUUUAUCCUGCGAAAAACUCCGAGUGCAGGCUUUCUGGUAUUCUGCUAUGCAAAGCAUUCAUUUCUGGCCCUGGCAGUAGUGAGACUUCAAAUCUUAAAACUGUCACCUUCAUUUGUAAAGGGAUGUUUGAUAGUUUAAAAAAUGAUUGAUUAUUAACAUUUUUCUGACUGAGACCUGCACACUCAUGGUAACUAAGGCAACCUUGCUUUACAGGCAGAGGAGUACAAAAGAAUAGUGCCAAUAAAAAUAUAUUCACUCUAAAAUUCUUCUUAAAAACAUUUUCUCUCAAGAGUGAGACAUAAACUAGACUUCUGCCUGUGUGUUCUUAAGUAUUUCUUAGGAUCUGGACCUCUGCCAUUGUCCUAAAAACUCUCAUUGCUUCACUGCCCUUGAGUCAUGACCAACCCAGUACUGUGCAUUUGUGCUCAGGCUGUGGACAGAUGUAUACAUACCCCGAUGCAAUUUAAAUCAAUGUUCUCUACCACUGUAUACAACAGGAUCAGGAAUGGGAUCAUAAGCAGGUGUCCCAGAGUAGGUCACAUAGUAGACAGCUCUUACUGUGCCUUCCUGCCAGGUAGUGGCUGAGCAGGUGCCCUUAGCAAAUGGCUAUCCCAGAGUGAUAUAGACAGAUGAAUUUCUACCAGGAAUGUUUGAUCCUGGAUUCCUUUAUGAGUAAUUCUCUACCAGUUUGGAUGAAACAACUCUGGUUUAGGGGUUAGUGCUGUCUGUCUGCUAAUUGUUUUUCACUGGUAUAAUGCAAGUCAGGCUGAUGUAAAUGUUUCCUUUGUCCGUGCCCUUGUACACUCACAUGCGUGCUGUCUGUCUGGUUAUCCAAAUAUUAGUGUUACUCUGUAAUCUUUUUCCAGGGAUGCAGUUGGGGCUUACUUAGUGGCAGAAAUGUAGUUUACAAUGUCCCUUUAAUCCUACAAUAAACUCUGUUAAAUCGUGCUGGUGAACACUGCUCUAUCACAGGGCGGUGGCACUGACCAGGCAAAUAGUGGAAGUGUGAGAAGCACUUUUUUUUUUCUUUUUUGUUGUUCUCUUCUUCCCCUCUCAUAGGACAUCGUAUCCUGCUCUAACCAGGUGCAGAGCUUCUGCUGCUCAAGCACAUGUCCCUCAGUUGGUGCGGGCACCACUUCCAUCCAACAGCUCUCCUCUUUAGGAUGGGUUUGAAACAGUCUGCAUGCUCGUGGGCCUCCCCUGUUAGGAUCCCGUUUGUACCAAUAGGCAGUAAUUAAAGCUGUCACAGAAGCAUGUUCUCUCAACAUGUCAUACUAGUGAUCCUUGGGAUGGCAUUGGCUCAGGUGUCAAUGCUGUCCAACUGGGCUGCACAUGACGGGUGAGGGUUCAAUUCAUGGCUCUCAUCCAGCUUCUGCUUUCGCCCGUCAUGGCAGCUAGGGUUUCCAGGCUCCCUGUCCACCUUCCACCUCCUGCCCCUGGGGCUAGCGGGGGGUGGUGUGGUGCAGCUUGCUAUGGUGGGGGAGGCCAUGGCCUGGGGUGUCUGUGUGGCACAGCAUGGUGCUGACGGGGGCCUGCGGCUCUCUCUGAUGCAGCCCUUGCUGGUGCAGCCUUCAGGGCUUGUGGCCCCCGGCUGCUUGGUAGUUGGACAGCCCUGCUUUAGGUGACUUCUAGUCUUGUUUCACAUAAGGACAGCUAAAAAGAUUCUUGCUAAGCCUGUCUGGCCUUUCCUUUUGCUGUAUUGCCUGCUUGCUGUGUUGCACACAUGCUCCUAAACUAACUCAAGGUGUCUCACUUUUGUUUCCGACCCUCAUAGAGAGGCAUUGCUACGGAAUAGCUUAAAAUCUGGAGAUGCCCUUAUAGCAACGUUUCUCAUGUAAAAAGCCUUUGUGGGGGCUUGUUUUACUUGGCUCAAACAAAUUUCCCUUUCAAGUGUGUACCUCUCAUAAUGGAGCGCCAGUUUAAAAUAUCAGCCCAGGAUCGUCUGCAAAUUUUAUCCCAGUUCUGUUCUUUAACCUAACAGCGUAGCUACAUUGCUGAGGGAUGUGAUUUUUUUCUUCUCCUCACCCAUAUUGUUAGCGAAAUGCUAAUAUGGGCACGCUUCCACUGGCAAAAAUGUCUUCUUCCCUGAAUAGCUUACUGUGUUCAGGGAUUUGGUACGAGCUAGGCUUUCUCCAUGAGGGGUGUUUGCCUGUGUGUGUAUGUAUUGGCAGUCUCUUCAAGUGUGACCGAUGCCUUGGUAGAGAUGAAGUGCUUUAUCCAAACAGUAACUAUCAAUGCAAAAUUUUGGAGCCUGUUGGUGCUUUGUUAAAUCAGCCACUAAUAUUUUGUUUUUAAUGUGUAUUUAAUGGCUACCGAAGCCACAUUUGUCAUUGGUCUCUUUGCAUUUCUCCUGCUUUCCCAGCAAGGCAGGAGAGGUUGAACUCGGCUUGUGCUGGAGACAUCUAAACUCCCUUCUGCUUUGUCAUUCUCCACAUUGUUUUUAGUAUGGACACAAGGAAAGCUAACCAUGCUCAUGUCGCUGAUGCUAAAUGAGUUUGCAUUGUAAAAAAAAAAAAAAGAGAGAGAGAGAAACAAAGGGAAAAAAUAACCUAUAACAAAACCCUGCUUGUAUACAAUUUCCUGUCCGGGAUGACUGUUUGUUAUUUCUUUGCUGCUUUUAAUGGUUUGGUAUGUGAGCUUUCUGGAACAGUGUUGGUGUGCAUUAGGAUCUUGUGGGUCACAGCACUGUCUUUUUUCCUGCAUCUCCUGACUCCACGGUUUGUGCUUGUCUGUCUGCUGUGGCAGAAGUGUUAAUAAGGAUAUACAUAGUUAUACUUUUGAGGAGGUUUGCAUGUUUUCUCAUUUGCAAGAAACUAAGGUGCCUCAUGUUCAGGUCUGAGCAGAUAGGAAUCCUCUUGCACUUACAGGACUCAUCCAAAGCCUGGAGAAGGCGUUGGGAAGAUCCCACUGAAUUCAGUGGGCUUUGGAUCAGGCCAUAUGCUCCCACCUUUGUCGUGCCUGACUUAAAAUGGUGCUUUUUCAGUUGUCUGUCUCUUCUGUUUUUUCUUUGUAAGGUGCUGUGUAUAACUUGAAUAUAUUAUGCACAUAUCCUACCCAAUGGGUAGAACAGACAAACAAACAAACAAGACUUUGUUAAUACUGUAAGAUAAUGUAUAGAUGAUACCAAUUUUAACACAAAAAAUGGCAUAGAAUUUGUGAAUGCCGACUUACAUGCUUGGUCCUCUUUUGUAAGAAAAUUUGCAAAUGAAUGCAUACAAAUAACAAAAAAGUCUAUGUAAUUUAUUUUCCUAUUAAAAUAUCAAUAUAUCACAAGGGAAAGGAGAAGUUUGAACAAAUGGCUUUUGACUAGCCUGUGUAUAGCCCAUGGGUUUUUGAUGCAUCUUUGCUGUGAAGAUCAUGCUUUUUUUUUUUUCUCUCUGUGUGUCACUUUAAGGAAAAUGAAAAAGAAAAAAAACAAAACAAACUAACCUCUGCAGCUUUAACCUUGCCAUUAGAUGCUUCUUUUCUGUGUUCUUGUCUCACUGUUGCUGAGUUGGACCAGUAUUAGCUAUUUCAUUUCCAGUAGGUAUUUUAUUUAUUACUACCCUCGAUAAUAGCUGUACUUAACUUGAGGUGGGCCCCAGCACCCCACUUGCCCCCUACAAUCCUUCUAUCCACACCCUGUGACUUCGAGAGAAGCUUGGAUAAAUAGGGACCUGGAGCCAAGCCAUCCCUGCAAAGCUGACGCUAGGCCAACUAGGAGUAGUGCAAAACCAGCCGGCCCUUGUCUUAUGCCUGUAACCCUCCUUUUCUGUAGUAUUACAAAGACUUUGUCUGCACUUUGUGAUUCAGCGAUCUGUGCUCCUGCAGGUGUACAAGGUCCAAAUGUAGCCAAGAGCAGCUGCCAUCUGCUCCAGCCUUACCCUUGUUUGAAACAAGGGCAAGCUGAGGGGGUGAAAUACCACUUCCCUUGUCCACAUUUUGUGUGUGUAGUACUGCAGCUAUGCUGAUUGCUGAAUCAGGGUUGAUACCAAGUAUAGACAAGGCCUAAACCUGCCCAAAUCCAGUAGGAAGUGGUUUUAAAUUUUUUGCCAAUGUAGUGACAUCGGUUCGGGGUGUGGUUCUUGUCAGUGACAUUUCUAUACUGACAAAAGCCUUCGCAAAGAUGCAAUUUUAUCUGCAUAAAUAGUGCUUUUGCUAGUAGAGCUUGUUUUGUUCAGGGAAAUGCUAUAAGUGGUAUCCAUGAAAGCACUCUUUUGCCACUAUUAACUGCAUCUUCACCGGGAUGGUUUGCCAGAAUACUAGCAAACCCUUUCUGCGGUGCAGUAGGUCUAAGGUUUCGAUUUUUGUUUUGAGGGGGGUGCAUAAUAGUUUUUUGGGUUUUUUUAGAUCUGAGAAGAACAAGAGUAGUGUCCCACCGCUUGGCAGAUGUGGUGUGCAUGGCAAAGCCUGUUGACAGUUGGGUGCUACAGUGUCUCCACCCCUUUGGUUGUCUGUACCAUGCUCAUGAAUGCUUUUGGCAUGGCUUGUUAGAUAAAGUGAAUACCUCAGGAAAACAAACACAAAGUUCUAGUUUAGAGAAUUGCAGAUACUGUACUUAUUUUUUUAAACUCUGUUUAAAAAAUAUCCCAGGAAGGUAGAUGAUAGAAGAAGCUUAGCUUAACUGUUGAGGACAGAAGAAUCCGCUCUAAUGAAUUGAUGCCACCUAAACUUUCGUAGACACUCUUUGUCACUUUGUAGCUUUUUAUACUCAUCCGACUUCAACCACAGAUGUAACUUAGCAAUGUGUUGGGAUGCGUUUUGAGAUGGCAUUUUUUUGUUUGGUUUUCAGAUAUCUAGCUCUGCUAAAGCUCAGGAGGCCUUAUACAAAGCCCAGUGAAGUCAAUGGCAAGACUUCUAUUGACGUCACCUGACUUUGGAUAAAGCUCAUAGCACUCAAGUAUAUUUUUGGAGUAGUUCUGUAAUGGGCUAACAUGACUUCUCUAUUGACCUGAAACUUCAGCUAUACGUUCGUCUGUAAAUAUCUUUUUAAGAAGCCCUCUAAGGAAUCGUGUACCUGAAUGCUGAUCAUGUUCUUUUCUGUUUUUCUUCCCCUUGUUUUGCUUUAAAGAAAGGUGUAGGUUUUGUGGCCUUCACAACCUUGCAGAUAGCUCUCUCCAUCCAUCUACACUGCACUGUUCUAUCCCAGAAAGCAUGUCACACCCCUGAAUAUGGAUACUUUACAAUUGUCACUUGUUCCCUUGUCAGUCAGGGCACAGAGUAAAUAUUUUGCAAGUACAUCUUGCUGGCCAUUUCCACAUUUCUAUUUGCACUGCAGUAUAAUUUCUGAAUAAAACCCAGCCUAAGAAUGCCACUUACACAGUAUACAUAUGCAGGGGAAAUCUAGAGUAUGAUUUACAAUAACAAAACUUGCAUACCGAGUGGACCAAACAAGAUGUUGUCUCCUUUUAAAGUCACUAAUCUGCUUUGAAGCUGCAGUGAAAAGAUUAGAAAAUCUAUUUAAAGUGUAUUCGUAGCUCUGUGUUCACACGUUUCCAUUUACUGCAAAGCACAGCAGGCAUUCAUACUUAAAAAAAAAAAAAAGAAAAAAAAAAAGAA